UGCAGCCAGCUGGCCAGUCCCAUUCUCCAGCCCGAGUCUUCAGCACGGGGUCCAGCGUCCCACGGAGAGCUUCUCCCUGGGGGCCCGGCCGCACUGGCGCGGCAGCCAUGGUCCGGAACGUGGACGACCUGGAGUUCCGCCUGCCCUCGCACGCCCAGGACAUGCUGGACGGGCUGCAGAGGCUGCGCUCGCAGCCCAAGCUGGCGGACGUCACGCUGCUGGUGGGCGGCCGGGAGCUGCCCUGCCACCGCGGCCUGCUGGCGCUCAGCAGCCCCUACUUCCACGCCAUGUUCGCGGGCGACUUCGCUGAGAGCUUCUCCGCGCGUGUGGAGCUGCGGGACGUGGAGGCCGCCGUGGUGGGGCAGCUGGUGGACUUCGCGUACACGGGCCGGCUGACCAUCACCCAGGCCAACGUGGAGGCGCUGACCCGCACGGCCGCGCGCCUGCACUUCCCGGCCGUGCAGAAGGCGUGCGGCCACUACCUGCAGCAGCAGCUGGACGCCACCAACUGCCUGGGCAUCUGCGAGUUCGGGGAGCAGCAGGGGCUGCUGGGUGUGGCCGCCAAGGCCUGGGCCUUCCUGCGGGAGAACUUCGAGGCCGUGGCCCGGGAGGACGAGUUCCUGCAGUUGCCCCGAGACCGGCUGGCCGCCUGUCUGGCCGGCGACCUGCUGCAGGUGCGGCCGGAGCAAAGCCGGCUGGAGGCCCUGCUGCGCUGGGUGCGCCACGACCCGCCGGCCCGGGCUGCCCACCUGCCCGAGCUGCUCGGCCUGGUGCGCCUGGACGCCGUGUCCGGGCCCUUCGUGCGGCAGCUGCUGACCUCCGAGCCGCUGAUCCUGGAGUCUGAGGCGUGCCGGGCGGCCCUGUCCCGGGGCCACGAGGCGGCACCGCCGGCCCUGCCUCGGCAGCUGGAAGAGGUGCUGGUGGUGGUGGGCGGGCGGGCGCUGGAGGAAGAGGAGGAGGAAGGUGCCGAGGAGCAGGCCCCCCACCACGGGAACUUCGCUUUCUACAACACCAAAGCCAAGACCUGGAUGACGCUGCCCGACUUCCCUGACUUCAACAAGUGGGGCUUCUCCCUGGCCGUGCUGAACAGCUGUGUCUACGUCACAGGUGGCUCGCGGGGCACCAGGUCGGACACCUGGUCGACCACCCAGGCCUGGUGCUUCCCGCUGGCGGAGGCGGCCUGGAGGCCCGUGGCGCCCAUGCGGAAGGCCCGCACCAACCACGCCAGUGCGGCGCUCAACGGAGAGAUCUACGUCAUUGGCGGCACCACCCAGGACGUGGUGGAGGUGGAGAGCUACGACCCCUACACCGACACCUGGGCGCCCGUCAGCCCCGCCCUCAAGUACGUCAGCAACUUCUCUGCCGCCGGCUGCCAGGGCCGCCUCUACCUGGUGGGCUCCAGCGCCUGCAAGUACAACGCUCUGGCCCUGCAGUGCUACAACCCCGUCACAGAAGCGUGGAGUGUGGUCGCCUCGCCCUUCCUCCCCAAGUACCUGUCCUCGCCGCGCUGCGCCGCCCUGCAGGGCGCCCUCUACCUGGUCGGUGACAACACCAAGAAGGUCUACGUGUACGACCCGGGGGCCAACCUGUGGCAGAAGGUCCAGCCCCUGCACAGCCUGCACGAGAACGGGGCCCUGGUGCCACUGGGCGAGGCGCUGUACGUGACCGGGGGCCGCUGGCAGGGCAUGGACGGUGACUACCACGUGGAGAUGGAGGCCUACGACCCUGGGCGGGACACCUGGACCCGACACGGCGCCCUGCCCCGCCUCUGGCUCUACCACGGUGCCUCCAGCGUCUUCCUAGACGUCUCCAAGUGGGGCCAGCCCUUCGGCCCUGCCCUGGAGCACUGAGCCCGUUGCAGCAGUGGGGCCACGGUGACGGCCGACCUCCGAGGGGAGGCCCCACACAUGUUUCCUGCUCUGUUCACCGGGCCAGGGCUGGGCGGCUCAGGCCCACCAGGGGCUUCAGAGGGGCCUGGUCUUCAUCUCCACGGCCACACCAACUCUGAGUGGACUGGCAGCAGGGCCUGGACUCAGGACCCCAAAUCGCUGCUUCUGGGGACAGAGGAGGCCGCCGCCCAGCUUCUCUGUGUCCCACCCUGGGGAGGGCAGCACCCAGCCGAGACAGAAGGAGGAAGAAGCAGAUGUGGGGACGGGAGACCGGCUCCUCUGCUCACACGGGGGCUGGGAGCCUGGGGGCUGGGGGGCGGCCGGUGAAGGCUUCCUGGGGUGGACGAGCAGGGCGGGCGAGCAGGGCAGGCGCUCUCUGGCCAGGGUUUUCUGUUUCUUGGGGUGGUUUGCUUCCCACAAAGCCGUUAAUCGGAACGGAAGCCCCCGGGGGAGGCCUGGGCAGGGUGCUGUGGGGAUUUCCAGGGAUGUCUCUGGGACACGUUAGUGGCUUCCUGCCUGACAUCCCCCUGGGCAAGGGCAGCGGUGAGCUCUUUCGCCAGCCAGCAGAGCCCGCCUCCUCAGGGUGACACAGGCCUGACGCUGUCUCAGGGUGACACAGGCCUGACGCUCAGCCCCCGGGGCCGAUGGCCCCACACAGGGCUGGCUCACGCUUCCUGCUGCUUCUUACUCAUCCUGAGUGAGGCCCUGUGUUUGUCACCGAGGAGACAGUGAAGGACUCUAACUGGGUGCUGAGUGGCCCUCCUGCUUUGUCACUGGUUCCGUCAGGGACACGGGGCUGCAAGUCAGGCUGCUGGGCCCAGCCUGGCUCCAGCCCACACUGCCCAGCGGGGGCCCUGGGGCACGCCAGUCUCUCUCCCUCUGGCCUCGGGCUUCUCCCCGAGUCCCACUGGGGACCAGAGGCGCCGCUGGCAGCCUGGCUCUGAGGAUAGGUCCCCGGGUGCCCAGCGCCCAUAGGUCAGACCGACUUUGCCCCCAGAACAGGCUGCUCGUGCCCAUUUCUCGUGGGACAGUGAGUUUGCGCCCAGGCCCCAGGCACCGAGGGGCCUCCUGGGCGUCUGCUCGAGACCCAGGGCCCCGUUCAGCGGGCAGAGAGCCUGCAGGUGCUGGGACCCUUGGACCUCCUGUGUGCAAGUUCCGGGAUGCGUUUUCGACAUUUAUUGAAUGUGCUCGGCCAAGCACUGCUUCAAAACGCAGGCUCAGGAGGCCGGAGCGGACUUGCCUGGAUCACAAACGAGCAGCGUCCUAGCACCAGGCAGACCUCCACCCCUGCACACCCACAGUAGUGGGGAGCCGUCCCCGAGUGGGCCCUCCUCUGAUCGCUGAGUGGCCCUAUUUAGGACCCGGAUCAGGCUAAUUAUAUCCUUCAGGGUCCCCAGAGGAAACAUGUGACCCCUCAAUUUAAGUAAAGGAAGAGGGUGUAAUAAGGGCUGUUUUCAAGCUGUGGGCGAGGGCUGCCACCACCCCUCUGCCCAGGGACAGGUGACGGGGCAGGAGCAGGCUCCAGAAAGAGAGCUGGGGGAUGCGGCCCCUGCCGCCUGCCACCCACGACCCACGGGGAGGAAGCGGGGGAGCAGGGACCCAGCCUCGCUCUCACUUCUGCCCCCCAGCCCCCCGACAGCCCCUCCUCCAGCCAAACCCAACCAGAAUCAGAGGGGAGACAGGCCGUGGGCACGGUGGGUGUCGGCCACACAGCCACGUGGGCCCACGGGAGCUCUGCAGCCAAGCACCAAACCCUCCGGAGGCACUCAUGUGAAAGGGCACUAAGGUCACGUUUGUGCAAGGAAUGUCCCGGAGCCAGCCGAGCCAGCCUCUUCCCUUAUCAAAGUCCCUGGAACGCGAGGACUCUGGGAGGUGGGGGCGCCUCGGAACACCUGCACUAGGCCCCCACACUCCGGGCCCACGGCAGGGCAGCCCUGGGCGCUCAUGUCUGCCAGGUGGGCGCAUGUCGCCCUUCCCACAGGCAACGCUGGGUAAACUGAGGCACCCCGCCACCCAGCAUACCACAGCCUUCGGCCACCACACAGUGUCCUCCGUAGCCAAGCCCAGGACAGCCCACCUGGGCUCAGCACCCGGUGAGUCAGGGUGGGUGCGGGGACCUUUCCAGCCACGGCCGUCGGACCUGGGUUUUCUAGGACAUCCCAGACGAGACCCUCUUUCACUGAGCGUGUUCCCAGGACUGGGCACGAACAGCAAUCACCAGAGUCAGGCAGUGGGCACCCCUGUGGGAGUGUCUGUGAUUAACCGAAGUGGUCACCUGACAGCUUACUGUGGCCGACGUUGACCUCCAGGCCCCGAGGGUCGACCAGUCGGCCCAGGAGAAACUGCAGGUUCCUGACCAGAGGUGUUUUGUUCAGUGUUGUCUCGCCGUCACGCGGAUGAGGGGCCACAGGACCUGGACUCGCGCUGACCCCGGUGGCCCUCGGGAAAGAGAGUUUGCUACGGGACGUUGUGCUUAAGGUGGAACCCAUUGGCGCCCUUAAGUGAGGACCUACUGUGCUGGCCUGCGGUCUGGGAGUGACCCAAGGAGGGGGUGGUCACAGCCACAUACGACGGGAAGACACUCUCCCCAGGGCUGCGUCCUUCCUCUUCGGUCCCCAGGGCCCAGCACAGUACGGGACACUCGGCCUGGAGUGUGGCUGCGGUGGGCGCCCCCCGGGCCCCCAGCACCAACCUGGAGGGAGGGCAGCCAGGCACGAAGCCGAGUGAAGGAUGACACGUACCUCAAUGAGACCUUCGUGGAGGAAGUCCUUCCCGGUGGCACGGACACCCCAGGGGCCCACAUGACUUCCUCAAAGCUGAUGACCAUCCCAGGGUUGUCCGGGCCAGGGGCUGGGGUGGUUUGGUCACAGCCAGCUUGGGCUCAGCACCCCUGCCUUCCCAGGUGACACAGGGUCACACUUAAGAACGCGAUUCUUACCAAAAUGGCAAACCUCACCCCAGGUGUCUACCCUUGUGCAUUAAACUGAGAGGUGAACUGAA